AUUGGACGCCUGUUGUGUGGCUUCUGUCUUGUUGGUUUGGCUAAGUACAGCGUGUGAAAGACAGGAGCUCCUCCUCAGCCUGCAUUGCAGAUAGGGCACUUCCGACCAUCGUCGCCAUCGAUGAGAGAGACUCAAGCUUUUCAUUGAUCUCAUUACUGGCAGUACUUUGACUUGGUGGGGUCGUUCGGGAUGUCCACGCAAUGCCUGCCACCGCAGCAAAAUCCUGACCUUUUUCCUUCGCAAACACCCCCGACUGCAACGCAAGACUCGCAUUUGUUAUUGUGGCAGACCAAGCUGUUGCUUGCGCAGCAAGGCGCCCAGCGGUGGCAUGUGUCUCCGGCAUUGGACAUGCAACCAUUGAUGAGUAUGGCGUUCACCUUCACGCCGAGAGCGACGGCGAGCACGAGGAAUUGGAUCUUCAUGGUCGAGAUUUUUGGUUGGGGUUGAGUGUCGGUUCUGAGUGAGCGAUAUCGGUCGAGGUGAGGACCACUGGUGAC